CGUGGAAAGGGAAUCCCCAAAUCGCAAUCUUGUCCUACAAUUGAAGCUUCGAAAAUUUCCAAGAAAAUCGCAAAUAUUUGCAAGGUAAUGAACGCUUCGUCAAAGCCCCUUCAGCUGGUCCACUUACCUUCUUCAACGCGGCUCCCUACACGCUCCAAUUUCUACAGAGGUGUGAAUUUGAUUCCGAGAAGGUUUAAUCUGCAAUUGAGCUGUAUCUGCGAAUCCCAGCUGCGAAGGUGUGGAAACGACGCCGUUGCGGGCGAGUUGAUGAUGUUUGGAGCUGGUUUGCAGCGGCGAUCAGCUCUGAUUGCCGCGGUGGCUUGUAUUUUGGUGAUCGGCAAUGCGCCCCAUAAAACCCUAGCUUCCAAUUCGCCGUCGGCUUUUGUCGAAAAUGUUAUUUAUUCUAAUAAAAUUGCCAUUUUCUCCAAAUCAUAUUGCCCAUAUUCCUUGCGAGCCAAGCGCGUAUUUAGUGAACUCGAGGAGCAGCCCUAUGUCGUGGAGCUUGAUCUUGGGGUAAUCAUUCUUUUGUUAAUCUAUUAG